AUGGAAACACUUUUGGAAGAUCUCGAGGGUAAAUUAAAAACACUAAAAUAUCGAAUGAGCAAAUCGGAUGACAUUACUAAACAGGACCAGGAAACAUUAGAGAGACAACGUUUAUCAGUAAGUGCUAUAUCGACGAUGGUAAACACAUUGAAGGAAACUAUCGAAGAGAAGAUGUUCUUACAAGGGAAAGACGAAGAGGAAGUAAAGAUAUGGGCUGCAACACCUGAAACAAUGUUAACCGAAGCGGACCAAUGUGUUCGGAGACUGAGUCAAGAGAUAAGCUGUGUGGAGUUGGCUGCGAAAGAAGAGCUAACAUUGAAAGAAGAACAACAUAAAUUGGACUUUCAGAAACGCUUAACUGAACAGAAGUUAAGAAAAGAGAAGGAAGCAGACGAAGCGAAACGGAAAUUAGACUGGGAGCACCAACAGAAAAGAAUUACAACCAACUUCACAAUUAUCGAGUCAAUCAACUUCAAAAGUAUCUACUGCAGCAAAAAUGCCAAAGUUGAUUAUUUCAAAAUUCAAGGGAACGACCCAAUGCUUGGUACGAUUUGGUGGGCUAUUUGAAUCCCAAAUUGACAAAUCAAGUGCAGAUGAUGUGACCAAAUUUUCCUAUUUGAAGGAAUUAGUAGACGUAAAGGUUCGAAAACUUAUCGAUGGACUACCAUUUACUGGUGAGGGGUAUGCUAGAGCUAGAGAUAUUUUGAAGAAACGAUAUGGACAGACGAGCGAGGUUGUAAGUGCUUAUGUCCGAGCCAUUCUGGAAUUGCCUACCAUCAAAGAGAGAGAGAUGUUUCCAAAAUUCACUCCUUUUACGAGACCCUGUUGUAUAAUGUUGAAUCGUUACAAACCCUCGAAAGCCUUGAGAAACUGGAUGCUGCCGUGAGAUUUACAUUCGAUAAGCUAGAUGUGAUCAAAUCUGAACUUGCAAUGACUAACGAGAAAUGGAGUGAGUGGACCUUUAUGGAAUUUGUACAUGCCCUAGAACUCUGGAUAAAGAACAAUCCAACUGAUUAA